AUGUCCUCGGGACUCUUCGGCCCACCCGCCGACCGCCGCCGACUCAUCCUCCGAUCAGCCCCCAACCCCAUCCCUCCACAGACCCCUAACCCGAGGCAAACCCACACAGGCGCGUCCACCUUGCCCAUGCGCCACAUUUCCCUUGACCGAAUUCUACAAGGAUCCUCUGAUAUUCCCUCCGGCCAGCCCCGGACUCCGCCUCGCCCUCGCGUUCCGAGACCGCAACCUCCUCUCACCCGCCGUGUUUCCGGCUCUCGCGGCCUCCCGCACGCCGUCUCCCGGACCGGGCAGCACAUUCCGUCACGUACCACAAAGCUGAGCGAGAAGCUCGUGCUUCUUCCCGAGGCCGACGAGGACGAUAUACCUGAAGAUGGGGACUAUGCCGAGCGCCUCCCCAAGGUCCAGCGUACGGAAAAGGUCUCCAGGCUUACCGCCUAUUGCACGGCCCAGUCCUUCAACAUGAAGCAGACGACCGAGUUCUUGAAGCAGCACCACGAAGCUAGGACAAAACUGUACGACGAUUGCCUUUACGUCAUUUACGCUUUACCCUUGCUCCCCGGCUCCGACGGAUACCGUGUGAGGAGCCGAGCAGUCAUGAGGACCCCGGGGACGGGAAAGACGGUCGUCGACCUUGAGAUUGAGCGGAGAACAGGAGGCCACGACUCCCAAACCCACAACCACCACGGCUAUCCUAAUGGAAACGAUCAUGAGGGCGCCAUGGAUGACAACAUGUCCUAUGGCUCGGAGGCUACCUCCCCCAAUCCCGUCAACCGCCUCGUGACCGACGCCAAGAACUUUGCCGAAAUGUUUGUCUUUUCUUACGGUGUCGUAGUGUUUUGGAACUUCACCGAGAACCAAGAGCGUGAUGUUCUUGCCGACCUCACCUUUGCCGAGAACAAGACGGGUGCCGCCCUACUCAAUCGGCCUCUCGAUCAAGAUGACUAUGAAACCGAAGAGUUCCACUUCGAAUACAACCCGGAAGCGAGGCAGCCUCGCAUCUUCAACGAUAUGAUUACGCUCCUGCCCAGAUUCGACCACAUGAUCAAGCUUACCAUUAGCCACGCCAUCGCCCAGAGCACAAAACUAUGUUUCUUCGAGGAGCGCAUGUCCCAAACCAUGCUCAACGCCCAGCACGUACCCAAGGACCUGGCGCAAACCGGAAUUCUCAAGAUGGGACGCACUGAGAUUGUCAGGAUCCUUGGCCAGCUAUUCAAGAGUCGCGUAGACAUUAACCUUUCUUCUGUCGUGCUCGACGUGCCCAACUUCUUCUGGGACGCGGAGCCCACCCUGCACCCUCUCUACGCUGCCACCCGCGAGUAUCUAGAAAUUGAUCACCGCACCAAGGUUCUCAACGAGAGAUGCCGCGUCUUCCUUGACCUGGCCGAAGUCCUCGCGAGCUCCGUGUCCGACUCCAAGAUGAGCCACAUCACCUGGAUCAUCAUCAUUCUCAUCGCCAUCAGCAUCGCCGUUACCCGCGAAGGUGGUGGCGGCGGUGGCGGCGACCGCCCUGAAGCACGCCCCCUUGCCCUGCUCGAGAACGACACCCUCUCCACGGAUCUCACCCGCUCCCUACCGCACCUAGCAGUCGUUGGGCCGGAUGGUACCCCGCCCGCGUCGGAUAGGGCGGCCGUCGAGGCCGAGAUGGGCCGGCUGCUGGGCGGCAUGACGGUCGAAGAGUUGAGAAGGUGGACCGCCAUCUUGUCUGACGAGCAGAUGGAAGGCAUCUGUGGCGGCUCCGCAUUCCGCUCCGAGCUCAAAAGGCUUUGA